CCGCUCUUCUUUCCCCUCCCCUCCCAAUCAGCGCGGAGCAGCAGGGCGUUCUAAGUCCUCCCUUCGCGGUGGCUGCUGGGAGACGUAGUUUCCUCCGGCCACUAGGACGGUGAGUUUCCGUGGCAGCCGCGCUCGGCGGCACUGGCUUUCCCGUCAUGCCUUGGGGCGAGAGCGAGAGAGGCGCGGAGGGCGGCGGCGGAGAAGGACGGCGGCCGAGCGGCGCUUGAGGUGGGCGCAACGGGGAGGGGGGGGCUGAGGUUUCUGGAGGCCGCAAAGGGGGCCUCGGGGGCCGCCCGGGCGAUGAUGAUGGAGGUGGGGGGAGGGAGGGAAGAAGGAAAACCCCGUCGCUGAAUCAGACCAGUGGUCCACCUAGCUCAGUAUUGCCUGCACGGGCUGGCAGCAGCUCCCCCUGAUGGCGCGCCCAGGGCUCUUCCCGGCCCAACUGGGGAUGGAGCCCGGGACCUUCUGCAUGCCGAGCAGGUGCUCUGCCCGUGAGCCUCCUCCCUUCCCCCGAAGCGUAGGAAUCCGCCUCCCACGGAAUCUUCCAAAGGAGGCGACUGGAAUCGCGCGAGGAUGGGGAUAUGGAAGUUUCCACAAAGCUCCCUAUGCCCCAGCCCAUUGGUCAGAGCAACGGUGCUGUCCACACGGACUGGCAGCAGCCCUCCCCGAUGGCAGGCACAGGGUCUUCUUCCCCAGCAAAACCUGGAGGUGAGCCCUUCUGCUUGCAAAGCAGGUGCUCUGCCACGGAGCCACUGCCCAUCCCAAGAUGCCCAGAUGUCCUGGUUUAUCUGGUUAAAUAAAUACAGUGGUACCUCGGGUUACAGACGCUUCAGGUUACAGACUCCGCAAACCCAGAAAUAGUACCUCGGGUUAAGAACUUUUCUUCAGGAUGUUGUAAAUAAAAAUAUGCCCUUCUUCCGUUAUGGGGUAUCCAAGAGCCCAUAUAGAGUCCUUACAUAGGUUCCCUAUUGGUAGGAGAGAAUAACAGAGGCCAACCAGAGAAUAUUGAGAAGCAAAGCAGCUAGUAAGCUUGAUCUUUAUUGAUCUGUUGCAACAGGGUGCUCCCCUCACUCACAGGAAAGGAGGAGGACCCACAAAAAUGCUGUGCAAGGGCUUAUGAAGACUUUUGAAAUUCCCCUCCUGUAGAUCAAGACCACCCCCAGAAACAUUAUACAUACAUCACAGAAGGGGUGUAACCUAAGACCACCCCUCAGAUACAUCCCAGAAAAGGCGGUCUAAAACAGAACAUUUGCAUGUUGUUUUUCUCCUGUCGCAGUUUAUCUCCUGUCUGGCAAGUUACUUGAUUGGAUUGCCUGGGGAGCCUGGCCAUUCUUUUGUAGUGGUAAAAUACUUAUUUUCUGGGCCAGGUCACAGGCUCACACCCUAUUCAUAUCUUAAAUGUGUCCUUAAGACAGGAUUUGUGAGGAAAGAGACAAUGGGGAGAUUUUCCCGUUUGACCUUGCAGAGAAAACAUUUGGUCAGUUUAGAAAUCAAAAUGGUUCCAGGUUGGCCUUCCUGUGUUGAUCUAUGUACGUGCGGUUAUGAACAUUGCCAUAUAUCUAAGACCAUAAAAUUCCUAUUACACAGGAUGAGAACAGAAAUCGUGCAGCGGCAGCAGGAGGCCCCGUUCAGGUUAAGAACGGACCUCCAGAACGAAUUAAGUUCUUAACCCGAGGUACCACUGUAAAAGGGGAGAGGCCUGGGUGAAGAUGGUACUCAGCUGCCGUAGGAGUGGACUUUAAAGAAAACCAGAGUGUUUUCAUUGUGGUGGCUUUUUUUCUGCCCCUUUUUACCGCUCUACAGUAUCCUUCCUGGGAUGCAGCAGUCUGUGAGAGGAAGGCUCCUCCUUUUCCAGCUUUCAAGCUCCCGUGAUCUUUGCGAAGGUGGCUGUGCACUUUUCCACAGAGGAGGAGUGAGCUUUGCUUUAUCCAGGCCAGAGGGCCCUGCACAGGGAAGUUAUGGAGGAGAAUUAUGGAAAUCUGGAUUCUGUGGGUAAGGUUCCUUCGUUUUCUUGGCUGAGUUACUGAAAGCAGGGAGUAUUGGUGGUUUGUUUUUUAAUUAUCUAUAUGAAGAAUCUCCUGCAGCCAUGCCAGAUCCUUUCUGUCUCAGGAUUCAGAAAACCAUGGGGUAGGGGGAAAAGGAUAAUUUAUUGUCCAUUACGUUCCAGACCACCCUGGCCUUCCUGUGUAACAAAGGACCAGAGUGGUCCAAAAUGGAUUGAACGAUAAAUUGUUCCUCUAUGCUUUCUUUAAAACCCUUUCCCCAGUUGUUUAGGGUUCCCUGUUUUAUUUGCACUACAGUCGCUCCCUACCCCCUCUGCCUGUCCGAAGGAUUGUCAGAAGCCCAGAAUUUCUCUUGCUUUCAGAGACUGUCUGUCACCUUUGAUCCCAUCUUGUUUGUAAGUUUUGCUUCCUCCAGGAAGUGCUUCUUCUUACACUCCCCCUGUCUUCCUUUAACAUAGGUUCCCUACUUAAUAAAUCCCUUCAUUCAGCCUGUUCUUGAAGGUUUCCUGUACCCCAGACCUCCCUCCCUUACCAACCCCUUCUAAUUCUGUUUUCCUUCCACUCUGGGGUAAAACCAGUGUGUUGUAGUGGUUGGAGUGUCUGGCUAGAACAGGCAUAGGCAACCUCAGCCCACCAGAUGUUUUGGGACUACAGUUCCCAUUAUCCCUGACCGCUAGUCCUGUUAGCUAGGGAUCAUGGGAGUUGUAGUUCCAAAACAUCUGGCAGGCGAGGUUGCCUGUGCCUGGACUAGAACCCAGGAGACCAAGGUUCAAAUCACCACUUGGCCAGGAAACUCACUAGAAUGAGUUUCUUGGGACUGGCUCUCAUCACAGGGUUGUUGGGGUUGAUUGAGGUUGGGAAGAACCGAGUAUGGCACCUGGAACUCCUUGGAGAAAAACGUGAAGACAAAUGCAAUAAAUAAAGUAUAGCUUCCACCAGACUUCCCCUCUGCCAUUCUCUGUCUCACACUGUUCUCUCUUCUCCCUCUCCCUCUUCACUCCUUCACGCUCUGUAUUUUUCUCUUGCUGAUCAUCUACAUUUCACCCUCUGUUUCUAGCUCCCCUCUACUUGUUUUCUCUUAGUUGUGACACCCUUGGAAAGUGGAGCCAGCUGCUAUUUUAUUUUCCUGCUGUGAUUAUUUCUUAGUUAUGACUGUACAGUGGUAUCUCGGGUUAAAUACUUAAUUUGUUCUGGAGGUCUGUUCUUAACCUGAAGCUGUUCUUAACCUGAAGCACCACUUUAGCUAAUGGGGCCUCCUGCUGCCGCUGCGCCGCCAGAGCCCGAUUUCUGUUCUUAUCCUGAGGCAAAGUUCUUAACCUGAAGCACUAUUUCUGGGUUAGGGGAGUGUGUAACCUGAAGCGUAUGUAACCCGAGGUACCACUGUAUUGCCAAGGAGAACUUCUCUUCCUGUCAGGUAAUCAAUCUUGCUUGCAGCUGCAGAGCCAGACCUGAGACCCAAUGCUGUUUUAAUACAGGCAAUUCUUGUUUUCCAUGGGGAUUACAUUCUAGGUCUCCGUACACACUGGCGUAAAGUGUUCUGCCCCACCCCCGUUCUGCUGUUUUAAGGUCACUUCCUGGUUUGGGAUGUGCACAAUUGUGUGUAAAUCGGUCGUUACCUGUACAUUGCAGGAUCUGCCUCCCCACUGUCUUUCCCAUUCUGUCAUUCACACAGUAAAUGGUUGGGAUUGUUCCCUAAUUUGGGAAGCUGUUCCUCCCUGAUCAGGCUUCCCUUUGUAUUCCUGCAGGUGAUGGGCGGGAAAGCAACAAAAAGGAUGAGCAGCAGAGAAUGAAAACUGAAGCAGAAGAGAAUUUGAGGGAGAAAGAUGUUGUUCCAGAAGGCACUGGCUUCAGUGAAAUUGUGAUGCCGGAAGAAUGUCACACAGGAAAGAAACAGGCAAAAAUCUCCCGAAGUACAAGAGUCCUAACUAGGAUAUCAAGCCUUAGAAAUCUUAGAAGAUUGCAUGAAGGGGAGAAACCAUUUAAAUGUUCAGAAUGUGGAAGGAGCUUCAACUACAGGAAACAUCUCAUUGUGCAUGAGAGAAUCCACACAGGUGAGAAACCAUAUAAAUGUUCCGAGUGUGGAAAGAGCUUCACUCAGAGCAGUACCCUUUUUAAUCAUCGAAGGAUCCAUACAGGAGAGAAACCGUUUGAAUGCUCAGAGUGUGGAAAGAGCUUCACGAGCAGCAGCAGUCUUUCAUAUCAUCAACGAGUCCACACUGAAGAGAAACCUUACAAAUGUUUUCAUUGCGAAAAGAACUUCAGCCAGAGGAGUGAGCUUCAUUCUCAUCAGAGAAUCCACACAGGAGAGAAACCUUAUAAAUGCUCAGAGUGUGGGAAGAGUUUUACUCACAGCAGUAGCCUUUCUUAUCAUCAAAGGGCUCAUAAAGGAGAAAAACCAUAUAAAUGUUCCGAGUGUGGGAAGAGUUUCUGUCAGAGCAGUGGCCUCAUCUCUCAUCAAAGAAUCCACACAGAAGAAAAACCAUACAAAUGCUCAGUGUGUGGAAAGAACUUCACUCAUAACAAUAGCCUUUGUAAACAUAAAAGAAUCCAUACAGGAGAGAAACCGUAUACAUGCUCAGAGUGUGGAAAGAGCUUCACUAAUAGUAGUAGCCUUUCUUAUCAUGAAAGAACCCACACAGGAGAGAAGCCGUAUAAAUGUUUUCAUUGUGGAAAGUGCUUCAGCCAGAGCAAUCACCUUCUUUCUCAUCAAAGAAUCCAUACAAGAGAAAAACUGUAUAAAUGCUCAGAGUGUGGAAAGAGCUUUACUCAUAGCAGUAGCCUUUCUUACCAUCAAAAAAUCCAUACAGGAGACAAACCGUUUAAAUGUUCUGAGUGUGGAAAGAGUUUUUUUCAGAGCUAUGGCCUUCUUUAUCAUCAAAGAAUCCACACUGGAGGAAAACCCUAUAAAUGCCUAGUGUGUGGCAAAAACUUCAGUCAUAGCAGUAGUCUUUCUAGUCAUCAGAGACUCCACACAGGAGAGAAACCAUAUAAAUGUUCAGAGUGUGGAAAGAGCUUCACUAAUACCAGCAGCCUUUCUUACCAUCAAAAAAUUCAUAUAGGAGAGAAACCAUUUAGAUGUUGUGAGUGUGGAAAGAGUUUUUUUCAGAGCUAUGACCUGCUUAAUCAUCAAAGAAUCCACACUGGAGUGAAACCAUAUAUAUGCUCAGUGUGUGGCAAGAACUUCACUCAUAGCAGUAGCCUGUCUAAUCAUCAGAGACUCCAUACAGGCGAGAAACCAUUUAAAUGUUCAGAAUGUGGGAAAAGCUUUAGUCACAACAGUAACCUUACUUACCAUCAAAAUACCCAUUCAAGUGAAAAAAUCUUUAAAUGCUCAGAGUGUGGAAAGAGCUUCAGUUGUAGCCAAACCUUAGCAAUACACUGCAGACUACAUACAGGAGAGAAAGCAUUUACAUGUUCAGAGUGUGGAAAGAGCUUCAACCAGAAGACUCACCUCACUAACCAUCAAAGGACCCAUACGGGAGAGAAGCCAUAUAAAUGCUUAGACUGUGGGAAGAGCUUCAGCCGAAGCAAUACCCUCUCUAAUCAUCAGAGGCUCCAUACGGGAGAGAAACCAUAUAAAUGCUCGGAGUGUGGGAAGAACUUCGCUCAGAGCAGUGGCCUUUCUUCCCAUCAAAGAAUCCACGCAGGAAAGAAAUCGCAUAAAUGCUUAGAGUGUGGGAAGAGCUUCACUAAUAGUGUUAGCCUUUCUUAUCAUCAAAGAAUCCACACGGAAGAGAAAUCAUAUACAUCAGGGGUGGAGAUCCUUUUAGGCUCUGGGAGCCAGAUCAUUAUCUGGCCCCACCAAGAGGGCCAAAUGGGACAGGUGGGUGGAACAAACCACCUGUCAAUCGCAUGAUGUUAUAGUGACGUCGCAUGGCUGGCAGGUGGCUUGCUGCACUCGUUUUAUAGAAGAAUGUUGGAAAUAGGUCUCUGGUGAAUAUACCCUGUUGAUUUGGGGUGGCUGCAUUUGUUGCAUCACCUGUGUCAGUCAAUGAAGCGGUGCCAGAACAUCUGCCACCUGCGCCUGUUUCAUGCAAAUGAUUCUGCACUCCCCUACAGAUUAUAAUUGCUGAAAUCGCCAGUUUGCUACUGCAAAAGGUCAGUGGUGUGUCUGUUUUUACAUAUAUUUGAGCUCAAAGAGUCACUAACUCUAAUUUUUGAACCUCAUUGCCAUUCAACUACCACCUUACUGUUUUCUCCUUUGACUAUUAGUCAUCUAAGAUUUAGUCCACAAAAGAUGACCAUGCCACAAUCAACCUGUUAGCUUUUACAUGGCCUCAAGGCUCAAUAUUUUUCUUGUUCUUUAAAAAAAAUAGAUAAAUGUGGACUCCAAGUGCACACUGCAUUUCGCUGUAGCAAAAGAGGGGAGGAGGACUGCGUUGUUUCUCUUGUGGUGGUGUGUAAAGAUGUAUAGGUUUUGCUACCUGUUACAUGCACUCAUAGUGAUGUGAAAAAUGAAAAAGUAAAACAGAAAUGUUACUAGUUCUUUGACAGAAAGUACUUAAGUGAUGUUUUGCUGUCUUUGCCCAGGAUUUCCUUCUGUAGAAUAUUUCACAGGAACGGUUUCCCACAUAUCCUGCUCCAAACAUACCGGUAGUUAUUCUCCAGGGUUUCAGGCAGGAGACAUUGCCAGCCCUACCUGGAAUGGGGUUGCAGAGAAAUCAGUUUCUCUCCUAUAGCCCCUCAAAAGGACUCUGCCUUACACAAUAUCAGACCGCUGAUCUAGCUCCAUAUUGACUACACUGGCUGGCAGCAGCACUCCAAGGUUUUUACACAGAGGUCCUGUGCUCAGGGACUGCUGUGGCCAGGAUUCCUGCAUUGCUAGAAUGGUGCAUGCUCUAGUUAUCUCCCGCUUGGACUACUGCAAUGCACUCUACGUGGGGCUACCUUUGAAGGUGACCCAGAAACUGCAACUAAUCCAGAAUGCGGCAGCUAGACUGGUGACUGGGAGUGGCUGCUGAGACCACAUAACACCGAUUCUGAAACACCUACACUGGCUCCCAGUACAUUUCUGAGCACAAUUCAAAGUGUCGGUGCUGACCUUUAAAGCCCUAAACGGCCUCGGUCCUGUAUACCUGAAGGAGUGUCUCCACCCCCAUCGUUCAGCCCAGACUCUGAGUUCCAGUUCUGAGGGCCUUCUGCUGGUUCCCUUCCUGCAAGAAGUGAGGAUACAGGGAACCAGACAGGAAUGCCCUCCCAUCAGAUGUCAAGGAAAUAAACAACUAUCUGACUUUUAGAAGACAUCUGAAGGCAGCCCUGUUUAGGGAAGUUUUUAAUGUUUGAUGUUUGGUCGUGUUUUUAAUAUUCUGUUGGGAGCCGCCCAAAGUGGCUGGGGAACCCAACCAGAUAGGCUGGGUAUAAGUAAUUAUUAUUAUUAUUAUUAUUAUUAUUAUUAGACUAGAUGACUGUUUGGGUCCCUUCCAACUCUACAAUUCUGUAAUUCUACCAUGAGCCUUCCGCAUGUGCUCUGCCACUGAGCAUCCUCAGAGCUCUCUCAGCCGGAGCCAUAACUAAAAAAAGGUAAAGGACCUCUGACAGUUAAGUCCAGUUGCGAACGAUUCUGGGGUUGUGGCACUCAUCUCGCUUUACAUGCCGAGGGAGCCGGCGUACAGCUUCCGGGCCAUGUGGCCAGCAUGACUAAGCUGCUUCUGGCGAACCAGAGCAGCGCACGGAAACGCUGUUUAUCUUCCCGUCGGAGUGGUACCUAUUUAUCUACUUGCACUUUGUGCUUUCGAACUGCUAGGUUGGCAGGAGCAGGGACCAAGCAAUGGGAGCUCACCCCGUCGUGGGGAUUCGAACCGCCAACCUUCUGAUCGGCAAGCCCUAGGCUCUGUGGUUUACACCACAGUGUCACCUGCAUCCCUAAGUAAAGAAAACAUGAAAGUUGGUGUUGCUAACACAGAACAAUAGAGUUGGAUAUCUUCCAGCAUAGAGACGUCAAGGUCCAGGGCUGAAGCAAUUCAUGUUGUUACUACCUCUUGCCCAGAGACAGCAGUUUGUUCUUUUUUUUGUUGCAUUAUUAUUCUUGGAAGUACACCCAGGAAUUCUUCUGUGUAUGACUUCAGGGGUUCAUUCCCUGACUGACAAGAUCAUAGAACUGUAGAGCUGUAAGGGACCCUGAGAAUCAUCCAGUCCAACCCCAUGCAAUAGAGGGCCUGACCUAACAAAGACAAACCUCUUCACGUGUUUCUCCUCAAGCUAUAUGUACUGUUUUGGUCAAAUUUUACCUCAGUAAAGGCUCCUUUCUCUCUGGA